GACGAAACGUAUUAAAACGUAUUUCGAAUGCGAAUCGAAUUGAGUGUAUCCGAUUUGAAUGCUGGAAAAUCGAAUAGAAUAAUUUAUUCAACGGCUAAGCUAUAAUUUUUACGCGAAUAAUUUGGAAAAAAUAAAGAAAUGGACACACCUAAACACGAAUUUACCGAAGCAAACGAUGGUCAAAGUGUGAUUCCUCUUCAGGAUGCGAGAGGAGCCGUACUGGAAGACAUCGAUCCCUCGACCGCGGGGACAUUCUGCAUGAUCUCCCAUAAAUUUGGAAAAGAUUAUGUCUACAGAUUCAACGAAGAGAAAUCGCUAUAUCUGUUUGGACCCACCAAUUGGAUUAGAAGAAUCGCCUGCUAUAUCGUAACUCACAAGUUUUUCGAUAGAUUCAUUAUCGUAACCGUUAUUUUUAAUUGCAUUUUAUUGGCGCACAAGUCCGAUUACAAUUUGGAUUAUUUAUUUGUCUCGAUUUAUAUUCUUGAAUUAAUGCUGUAUUGCAUCGCUCGCGGAUUUGUCGUAGGAAAUUUUACUUACUUAAGAUCCCCGUGGAGAUGGUUCGAUUUUAUUAUGGUUGUAAUGAAUACUGUUACAUUCGGCUUGAACGUCUUCGACUAUCAAAAUGAAUAUAUGAAUGAAAUAAGAUCGCUGAAAGCAAUUAUAAUUCUGAAGAUAAUUUCCAUUAUAUCGGGUCUUCGCACAAUCGCCAUCGGAAUGCUACGAUCUAUUAGAGCUAUGGCUGGCAUCACGUUGCUUACAAUCCUUUUCGUAAUAACUACUAGUCUUGUAGCGAAAGAGUUGUUUAUGGGAGUCCUUUUACAAAAAUGCGUUUCCGACAACAUUCCGUUCACUCUGUCUAACAUUCAAAACAAAUCGUAUUGGUUGUCGGACGACGAGGGACAGCCUAUCAGUUGUGGAAAUAUAACGGGAUCUAGACACUGUCCUCGUGGUUAUAAGUGCCUGAAAGACUCUGGUAUAAAUCAAGCAGAUUACGUACUGCAUUUCGAUACCUUCCUUUCCUCUGUGUUUUGUGUAUUUAGCAUCAUUACGCUAGAUGACUGGGAAAAAAUUUACAAAAGUAUCUUUUACACGGCGGGCUCAUUCAGUAUUUUCUUUUUCGCUCCACUCAUAUUUUUUGGAACUUAUUUCCUUUUGAAUAUUAUGCUGGCUAUUGUAGCCAGUUCGUAUCAAGAUAUUUUGGAAGAAGAAAGAGAAGAUUCCGAAAUUAAAGGAAACGUAGAAUACUUUCGGGAAGCGGAACAGUUUGCCUUUAAUCUUAAUAAUGUUCAACUAGUAAAAUAUACCAAAGCUCCUAAAGAAUAUUUACAAAAGAGGUGUCCAACGGUUACCGUAGACGUUCGUCAACAUUCGUCUGAAAAUAAGUUGGAAGAGACGAUCGAUUACGAGCAGUCGUCGGUAGAAUACGAGGUGCUUGAGAAAUUGAGUUUUUGGAGACAAGUACGAAUGAAAUGUUACUCUUUCAUUCAUAGUCCGGUGACGGAGACGUUCAGAUUCUUUACUAUAGUAAUGGGAACACUACUACUGGCUUGCGAACACUACGGAAUGUCUGAAACAUUUCAUCGUUUUCUGAUACACUGAAACCAGGCACUGACUUGCAUCGCUACUUUAGAUCUAUUUUUAACUAUUAUUGUGUACGAAGGCGGAUUUGCCAACGACGGCUGGAGAGUUUUUGAUGGAAUAGUCGUAGUAUUUAGUAAUAUAGAAAUGUUCAUAUCGACGUUUCUUAAGUUAAGUGUUUUUAAAUCUCUACACUUGAUCCGUUUAAUGAAGUUAUCGCAGUCGUUAACGGUGAUGAAAAAAAUAGUAACUGUCAUUAGCCAUUCAUUCUUAUCAUUAGCGGGAUUGUCGUUUAUCCUCUUUUUUGUUAUGUACAUUUUUGCCGUCAUCGGUACCGGUUGGUUGAAAAAGGAAUUCGAACAACACAAACAAUUUUAUAUCGAUCGAUGGACAUUUCUCGAUUUGUUCCAUUCCUUAUUGGCUAUUUUUAAAAUAUUACUCGGCGAAUGGACCGAUAGUAUGUACGACUGCAUUACCGUAAUGACAGAAAGAAAAUUAAUUUGUGCCACGCUAAUAAUUUCGUGCUUUGUCAUCGGAUAUUUUGUCAUUCUUAAUCUUUUUAUGGCUGUGCUAUUGGGUGGAUUCAAGAUAGAGACAUUCAAAGACACGCAGGAUGAAGAUACAGAAAAUACAAGACAAGUGGUGAAAUACCUGAAACAAAAACUGAAAAGAUUUUCGUUUUGGAGAAAGGAUAAACGUCGAUCGCAACGAAGAACGAACUUUGGAAUUUCGGAUAAAAGUAUACUCGAAAAACAAAUAAGUGAAAUGUAUUCUUUCUGUCCUCGGAUAAUUCGAAAUAUUUCGAGAGGACUUCAUCUUAAGACAAAGUCAAUAACUGAAAGUAAAUGUUUUGAAAUUCUGAGUCUGAUUACCAUCGUCGUCAGCAUAAUUCCCAUAUGCUUUCCUCUUUCGUCUUUAGAAGCAGAUCCAAAACUCUCACACACCGUAGAAACGACAAAUAACUGUUUUACCGUACUUUUUAUCGUAGAAACAAUGAUGAGAAUAUUUGCUCUGGACACGUGCAUUUCGGGUUUUCUACUUUUUGAUUUUUGUAUAAUGUUACUUUGCAUCGUAAGCGUGUUUUUCAGAAGAAUAUUUGGAAUUCGACUCGUCACGGUUCGUGUAUUUCGUCUGCUGAGAAUUUUGAAAUCUAUUCAGCGUAUCACUCAAUGGACAAAACUGCAAAUCAUUACAAAAGCGGUUCUUUUAUCGGUCGGAUCCGUAUUUAAAGUUCUCUUAAUCUGCCUUUACAUAUGGUUAACAUUCGCCAUUCUAGGAGUACAAAUAUUUUCAGGAAAAUUUCAGUAUUGCGCGGACGACGACAAAAAUAAACUCAUGUCUGAUGUUAUAGACAAACGAACGGAUUGCGACGAGAAAAACUUCACGUGGCUAACACCAAAAAUUAAUUUCGAUCAUAUUGGGAUGAGUUACCUAACGCUUUUACACGUUGCUUACUCGGAAAGAUGGAAGGAAAUCAUCGAAUCCGGUGUAGACUCGAACGGAAUCGAUAAACAGCCACACANAUAAUU